GAUUUUGGUGAGAGCUUUCAUUAAAAGAAAAAGACAUUCCCUCGCCGGAAUAAUCACCGGAGAUAAAGACAAGAAUGGUGUCCCUGAAAUUUCCAUCGGAGAUUCUCGCCGUCUUCGUCAUCAUCUCCGUGAUUCUCUUGCCGAUUGCUCAUGCACAGUCACCUUCGCCAGCUCCAGCACCCACCAGCGAUGGAACAUCGAUAGAUCAGGGGGUAGCGUAUGUUCUAAUGAUGGUGGCUUUGGCGUUGACUUAUUUCAUUCAUUGAACUUGAUGGAUCCUCCAGUUUGUUCUUCCUCCACAAUGGUUUUGUUUCCUAGUGUUUGUGUUCUUCUUCAUUUUGCCUUUCUUUAUGUUCUUGUAUUAACGUGAGAUUCCUAGAAAGUCAAAAGAUAGUUAGGUUUUGGACAUCAUGCUUUGUUCUGUUUUUGUUGGUUGGAUGAUUCGUGUAACUUCUUUAUUCUUGUUUAAUGAAAAAAAACGUAAGUAUAAUAUUUUCAAUCAUGG